CCCCAUCAAGCUCCUGCGAGCAGUUGAUAUCCUCCAAAAACCCGCCCCACGACAUUUCAAGAGUGGAAACUGAUCCUCCCACCAACCGUGCCGUCAUAUAAUUCCACAAACUGUUGGAAAAACGUGCAACGACCCCCUCUCCACCCCCACCAAAUCACCGACCCACCAUGUCCUCCUGGGACACCUCGCAGCGGGUGAUUCCUUACACUAAGCCGGAGCAGGAGGGCCUCCAGACGCAGCUUGAUGGCAUGCUUGGCCCUGAAUAUCUCAAUUAUCGACCAGCAUCUGGGGGUAGCAGCGUGGCGUAUCUUAGGGGCGAUGUCGCUAUCACCUUAGCUAAUGAGAUUUUUGGGUUCAAUGGUUGGUCUUCGGAGAUUAAGGAUAUUACAGUCGACGAGUGUUUAGAAAGCCACGGGAAAUGGAAUGUUACCACCUCCGUUCAUUUACGAAUCACUCUCAAGGACGGAACUUUUCGCGAGGAUAUUGGGACCGGUGAAUCUCAUAACCAAAGGACUAAGUCAGCUGCCAUCAUCGCUUCGAAGAAGCAGGCUGUUACGGAUGCUCUCAAGCGAACCUUCAGAACAUUUGGAAAUGCUUUGGGGAAUUGUCUGUAUGAUAAACAGCAUAUCAAAGGGACGAGGAGGAUGAAAGCAGUUCAGCCCGUUCAGGAGCCAAACUAUUACAAGCCUCGGUCGAUUCGUGAUCGUAUCUUAAAGCAAGAGGAAAGUCUCGUAACUCCUGGUCUGCCGGAGAGUUUGUCAGAGGUUCCCCGCGAGAAAAUUAUAUCUGAGAAUGACCUGGCCGAGGGGUUCGAUGAGUAUGGAGGCGAUGAAUAUGAUUACUUAGGAGCUUUUGAAGAUGGCGAUGAUUAUAGUGAGCACGUGCCAGAUGAGGACACGGUAGAAGCAGCUUCUAGUGAUGACGUCUUCAAACGACCCACUCCGCCAACCCCUACUGGAGCUAAAUCCAUGGUGGCUCGAGCAGGCGGAAACCAGUCUUCGAUUGUCCCAAAGAAUCCGAACAGUGUCUCGGUCCCAGUAUUACAACAAGGACAAAAUGGUCAACAUGUACGCACUUCUAAUAUUCCAGCGCAACCGCCGCCUCAGCAAUCCCACCCCCUUCAGACACAAAAUCGUGGUCCACAACUGCCACCUCAAAACCCAACGAUCGGGCAAAGGCCCCUUCAAAAGCCUCCUAAUGCGCCCCAGGGGCCUCGUACACCAACCCCUACAGGUCAAAUGGGAUCACGAGUGAACUUAAUGGCUAACACUUCUCAUAAUAUUCGCAACGCUCAACAACCGGGUCCAAAAACAUCACCACCACCUCAUACAAUCCCGCAACCUGCACCAGCGCUUCCGGCUUCCAGUCUUAACGGGCUGCCUGAGACGCCUGUCAGUGCCCAUGUUGGAUUCUUCACAAGUAAGGUCCUACUUGACCCCAAGAAUAACCAAAAGGUCCUGCAAGGUGACAAUGGGGUUAUUCCACCAGAUCACGUAUUCAAUCCCCACAAGGAAUCUACAAUCCCGCGCUCUGCCGGCAUUGAUCACUCGAAAUCUUCACCGGUCCCCAGAAAGCAGAUUCAGGCUGGUGGCAGUACUGGCUCACCAUUUGCGCGCAAAAACUUUGAGAACCCAAGCUCGGAGUUAAACAGGCAAAUAGGCCAGCCUCCUCUGCCUCGUGGGACCAGUUCUUUCCGCCAACCUACGCCAUCAGUCGGUGGUAUCAAACGCCCAGCCGAUGCAAGCACUGCUAGUGCAGCAAGCUGUCCCGGAAGAUCAACCCUUGGAGAUUCCUCAGAAACAAGACUGAACACACAAACCUCAGCUUAUGGAAACGACCCCAAGCGAGUAAAAAACUAGUUUCUAUUACUCAUAUUUAUUUUUUUAAGUUCCUCGUCUGUUGCCGCAUUAGGGUAGGCCGGUUAUUAUCAUGUCUCUCUUUCUUUAUUCUGAGGGGCGUUUUGUAUAACAUCUCAUUUCAUUCGGAGUUGAACUUGCUACCGGCACAAAGUACCCCCACCUAAUAUUUUUCAGUUUAUUCCAGAGGUUAUGGAUGCCACUAUUUCAUGUCUCCUGUGGAACUUAUAAGACUGUCGAAUAGAGCUUUCCUACAAUUA